UCCAGCCACUCCUGGCUCUGCCCUCAGCGGCCCCAGAUCCUGCCCUGCAGCCUGGGGUUCUGAGGACCAGCAGCAGGCCAGCCCCGCCCUCCCCGCCCAGGCCCUCGAACACCAAAGCGGAGGAGGCCACUUGUCACCACCCUCCCUCUGGGCCUUUCUCAGGGGCGGCCCCCAUCCCUAGCUGGAGUAAAGGCAGGGGUGCAUGGUGGGGGCAAGUUUGAUCUUGGAUGGCCAAGGGCCAACAGCCACCGGCACCACCGUAGCAGACGCUACAGGUGCGAGUGGGGCUCAGAGAAGAAGGAGGUCGGGGACUCCACUUGGGUGUCCGCCACGGAGGGCGACUGGCUGAGCGGUGGAAGGGGGGGUGUGACGCACCCGCUGAGGCCAAGGGCUGAGCCGGGUUCUGCUUACGAUCGCCCACGGGCUCAGUCUCCUGCAGAGCCUCACGCCAGGCCCAGAAAGGACACGUCACCUGGGCCACAGGCCAGCCCCGGGCACAGAGCCGCGCUCUGCACAGGGGGCUGGGACUUGAGAGGACUGCAGCGUCUCGCCCAGCCACCAGGUCACCAGGAUCCCGUGGACUUUUCUGCUCUCUAGACCCCUCUGCCCCGGGGGACGGCCCGGUCCCCACACGCCCAGCAUCUCGGGUGGUCUCCAUGAGCGUGGGUUUGUGCAUCAGGGCUGAGUGGGGUUCCACUCAGCCCAGAAACCUGGGAACCGGAAGGCUGGUCACCCACCCUGCAGGGGACGGACAGGGCCACUGCAGCAACAUCCUUGCGGAAGGGAGAACACAGGAGGCGUCCGGCAGCCCCCGCCCCACGGCAAUCCUGGUGCCCUGCAAGAGGCCUCGUCCUGGCCCCUCAGGAGGAUCCGUUCUCUUCCCAAACCAGGUGCCAACGAGAAGCCCUGUUGGGGCUGAGCCGCUCUCUCGGCCUCUUCCCUGCAAGAGGGGAGGUUAAUUUCAAGUCUCUAGUCACACCCUUUUCAGUCCCGGGCUCUUGGUCUCAUUGGCAGUUCAACGCUCUCACGAUGCCGGUCUUGCCGCGGACUUGCCCGCAGCUCCACGGCCACGGUGCCUUCCCGGAUGCUGCUGGGUGCACUUUGCUCCCUGCCUGCCGCUCCACCUGCCCGCUCUGUCCUGACUUUGCAAAGCUCAGAAGCAACUCCCAGCUGUCACAGCUAGCAGGAUGACGCCCAUCUCCUUGAUAAUGUCCUUGUCACAGUCCUGGCUCUGAGCGACCCUCUGGGGCGAGCCGGAGCACUCCGGGCCCCGUGAGGCCCUGCGUUCCUGGCGUUUCAACAUUCCUUUCCCUCCCAGCUUGCAGCCCGGGGACCCUCCCAGCUCGCAGCCCGGGCAACACUUUCUUGGCCCACCUCCUCCUUGUAGUCUCUUGCCCAACGCUGCCUGUGACCAACACAUGCUGCCGCUCUCCCACCAGGCUCUCGAGCACAUCACACACCACCUGCCUUGCGAGUCACCCCGGCCGGGUGCUGACCGUGUUGUGCCAGCCACCACGGAACCCCACCUGCCAACGCGUCCACUUCCAGAGCGGCCCCGCCGGCCUCACGCCCGUGGCACACGUGUCCUGUGUUCUGAUAGAAUGGCACCCUCUUCUAGGGGCUGGUUUCUAGGCCACAAGCUAAGUCACACUCCAGCAACGAACACCUCUGAAAUACCAACGUUUUCAACAAGGCGUGUUUCUCAUUCAGCUACAGGCUGGCAGUUGGGUGGCCUUCCCGUCACCGUCACUCCUCAGGGGCCCACCCAUGCUGAUGAAGGAGAGGACAUCUGGAGCACUCCAGGCACCUUGCCAGAGAUACGGGAGAGCUGGGGAGGGGCUCACACUGGCCACUGCCACCACGUGCACGGAAGGGGGGGUGACAAGUGGCCGUAGUGACCACACAGGGCUGGGGGCAGAACGCUGGGCAGCAGCUGCACUUUCGGGACAGACAAGGGAGCAGCCAGGCAGGUAGGAGGGUGAGGACCCGGGAUGCACAGAACAGCCAGGGCCAGAGGUGGGCUCCCCUCGGAGAACCAGCAUCAACUGUGGAAACGAUCAUCACGCACAUGAGCCCUAGGGCCACUCGGGAGCAAUAGGCUGGGGGGGAGGGUCCUAUUAGGAGCUUGUAUCAUUAUUUUAGAAAUGUUAUCCAAAACAUCACCUGAAAAGAAUCCAUUCCUCCGUCGCAGAGAGCGCAGUGGGCAAGGUCGGCCUGGUCUGGGGUGCUGGCGGUGUCCCCACUAUAGCAAUGCACCCCUGGGCUGUCGCCUCCUCCCUUUGGGAUGUGCGAGGACCACGCAAGCUCAACACAGAGUGUUUCAAAGGAGUUGGACCCUUCGAGCCCUUGGAGGCGGAACCCACUCCUCUCGGAGAACUGACCGCGAGCCGGGCAAGGCAGAGCGGCCCUGUUCCAGCGUGGCCUGGGAAGGUUCCUUCCGCUGGAACCUUCCAGCCGGGGAAUAGGAGAGACUUGGGCUUCUAGGGGCCGGCGCCCACGCCACCCUGGACGUGCCCAAAGAAGCAGCCCGUAUUUGUGGCCCCCGCUGACCACCCCCAUAGCCCGGGACCGUGACCCUCACUGACCACCCCCCUUAACCCGGAACCAGCCGUGCACUUUGCGUUUCCUCACCUAAUCCCCACAACCACCCCGGGCCCUCUGUACCACAGGGUUUGCGGCCAAGAGCAGCCAGGAGAAUCCUUGCCCAGGUGACUCCAGAGUGGUCCAGGCUCUGGGCCCCUGGACCUGCUGGGAUGGUGGCCCGGGCCCCUGCCAUCCCUCAGUGUUCUGAGGGCAGUUGGCUCUGGGACAAGCACGGUGGAGGCGGCCCCUGCAGGCUGGGGGACCUCACCCCUAUGCCCUCCCUCAUUUGGAGACUCCCGGAGAGUAAGACUUGCCCACAGGAUCAGGACCUUAGGCCCCUCUCUGGCUGCUGGGGGUGGGAAACAGGGCCCACAGUUCUGUGGGCCAGAAACUGCCCUGCCAUUCAGACCCGCCAGUGUAACUGAGAACGUGCCUGGCCCAAGUCCGCGUCAAGGCCGGUCCCUGAACAAAGGCUGUUCUUUGGCUGGGAGUUCCAGGAGCUUCCUAAACCGGCAGGGCAUGAAGCUAGUCCCUCCAAUUCCACAGGGCCCGGGGCACCCUCCCUCUUUCUGACUCAUGUGACUAGUCACCAAGCACCUUCAAAGAAACUAAAUCUCCUUCUCCAUCGCUGGUUCAAACCCUGGGCCUCCGGGCUCACUCUCCCACCCUAGCCUCGAGGACCUCCUCCUGAGCCCACUGCACAGGGCACGAUCCCUUAACGUGCCUCUGGACCACGCCAGGGCCCGGGCUCCCCAACUGCUCAUCCGUUUCCCACGCACGCCCCACUCUCAUCUCACCCCUCGGGGGGCUUAACUCUCACCCGCAGACUCUCUGACGCUCCUUCCCUGGUAUAUGGGCUGCACUGGGUGACUCGCUCCCAGCGAAAGGGGUGUUGUGGGAGCGAUGGAGCAGGACACCUGAGCUGGGUCAGGAAACACCACAGCUUCCGCCCUCCUUUCCCUUGGGUCGCUUGCUCUGGGAGAACCCAGCCGCCACGAUGCGGACACCCAAGUAGCUUCGUGAAGGUCCACACGAGGAACUGAGGCCUCCAGGCCCAGCCAACCUCCAGAGGACUUCGGUUCUGGCCAAAGUUUUGACCGCUAUCUCCUCAGAGACCGUCAGCCAGAACCACCCACGGGAGCGGCUGCCACAUUCCUAAUCCACAGAAAGCAUAUCGUUUUAAGUUCCUAAGUUUUGGGGGUCAUCGGACACACGGCAGCGGAUAAUCAACAGAGGUCUCCGCACGAGGUCAGUUAUGCUUCCACAAAAGAUCCGAUUCAAAAUUUACUCAAACAAUAAAACUGCAUUUACAACCUAUGACCGGAAAUCCCAAAGUGGACCAUUCUAGCACCAACAAGCUCAGGAGCUCAGGGACGUCAGCAGGUCCUUCAUCCUUCUGCUCUGGAGUCUCCGUAACGCAGGCCUUUGUCUUCCGGCUUGUCCCUUGCGGUCACCAGCUGGCCGCAGCAGUUUCUGUUCCCACAUUCCCACACUCGGGCAUCCAAGGCGGGUUACAGGAGAACAUGCCAUCGUGUGCCCUUGGGAAGCUUGGAGACAGCUCCAGCGUCCCCCCACAGGGCUGUUCCCCAUGUCCCGUUGCCCUGAGUUGCGGCGCACACCCCUUUCUAACUUCUGACCCUGAGCCAGGGAGGGGUCCAGGCUCCCCGGACGACUUCAACAGCAAGUGAGCUGGCCUCCUGCUGGUGAGGCAGGGUCAGCCACACGGUGGAUCCUGACAGGAUGUGGCGCGUUGCCAGCCCAGGGCUGCAGCCUCGGCCCAGCUGUCACCAGCUGUCCCUUCCCCUGGGACACCUUGGCCUGCCCUCCCCCACCCUGGGUGAAGUGUGGGCAGGACACCGGUUUUAAUCUCUGUGUCCACACGAGAAUGCAGUGCCUGGUUGUUGCCCGCUGACCAGAAGAGCUGCGGGGGUUCGAAGAGACAACCCCAACCCCAGCUGCGAAGCCAGGGAACGUCCCUUGAAAAACAACAAGGACGGUCAUCCAGGCACAAGUGUGAGCAAAGCCACGGAGCACAAACACUCCAGGGCAGUGAUAACCCGGGGAGGGUGGAGGGGAGCAGGCAGGUUUCAGGUUCCACAGAACCCGUGAACACCCACAGGCUUGGGAAAGGAAAUGGCUAGACGUGCGCCGUCCACGGGCUGGGAGGUGGUCAGCAGGGAGGCUGGUCCUGCCUGACGGCUGGGGGACCUGUACCUUCAUUCUCCUGUAACCUCCAAACAGCACUGUGACAUAGGGUGGCAUUCCCACCUGACAGUGACAACCCCGAGGCCCACACUAACUGUGUGUCGUAGGGCCUGUGGUUGUGGGAACUGGGGGUCAUGAACUAGCUGCCUCCAGAACACCUUCUUGUCACACCCCUCAGGCUGCCUCCAACUCCUAUUAAUACUCCAGGAGCCACAGGCCCCACUCUGCACAGGGCUGCGGGGGGGCCCAAGCGGCAGAGGGGAACACGGGACACAUGGGCUAACGGUGGUGCAGGAGCCGCAGCAGGCAGGCCUCAGACCAUCUCGGUACUGGCCACUCACCUGUCACUCCGGGCCUGGGCUAAUGCCUACCCAGCACCACCUGUCUCCGGGCCACUUGGGAGGGCACAGGCCCACCCCUGGACGACGACACGUCUGUAGGAGGCCGCCUGCUCUCCAGGCCUCACGAGCCAGGGUGAGUGACACAGCAAAGGCCGCUACGUAGAGUCCAGAUCCUGGGCUGGCCUCGGUUCUGCCGCUAACCACCCCCAUGUGUUACCUGGGGAGAGGAGUUGUCCGGCACCCUGGGGCAGGUAGGAAAUCUGUCUCUUACUCCUUCAGGAUCCCUACGAGAAGCAGAGCCCGGGGCCUUUACGGAUUCCCUCCAGCUACGGCAGCCACCAGCCUGCCAAGGAGUCAUUAGCAUCUUCUGGGGGAGUUACUGCCACAGGGAUGCUGAAUGGUCAUGCCCUAAGUCCUAGCAUCCCAGAGACAGGUGUUGGGCUAUGUAGUUUUCUUCUAGAACCGCAACAGGAAUAUCUGAGGCCCCCCCAAAUAGCCUGGGGGUAGGGCUAACACAAUGUCACACUACCACCAGCAGCUGCCACUCAUGCAGGCCCUUCUUGGCCUCUCAGAGGGAGGACCUGCAGCUGUCAGAGGAACCUGGGGCAGAGGCUCCAGGACCAGGUUCGGUUUGUUCUCUGGCAGUAGGGACUUUCCAGGUCUGCAGAAGGGCUUCAAUCUGACCACCGUUCAUGUCCAGGGGGCUGGGGAAAAGUCUGGGAAUGCAAGAUCUGACUAACCCUAGGAGGUGGCACAGAGCUGCCACGAGAAGGGCUCAGGCCGCCUUCUCCUCCCCUGCCCGACCCUCUGUGAAGGCGCCAGACACAGUGAAGCAGGCUUGGAGGGGCAGGCAGACAACAAGCCUCUGGCCGCUCUCCCUCCUUCCCGGGAAUGGGGAAGUACAGGCACCUGCAGCAAAGGUGAAUGCUUAGGCAGGUCCCUAAAUCGCCGUCCUCGCCUCCCCGCAGCACCGAGCGGCCAGGAGCUAUAACCGCACGUCCAAGUCCAGCAGGUCACUCACUGUCCAGCCCACCAGGACCAGAUGCCCGGUCAUCUGCCGCAGUCCCAUCCCCUGUCCCGCUCAGGAUCUAGCGCGUCCGAUCCCAGACGGCCUCGAGACAGCCUCCUAGGCCCGGAGGAUCCCCGUCCCCCCGCUCCGCGGGCCGGCUCGGUCCCGGGAGCACACCACCGCGGCCCACCGCUGCCUUCCCAAGCGAUCCGCGACACUCGCUUCCCGGAUCCUUCCGCCAACAGGCGGCCCGACCUGCCGCCAAGCGCCGGGACGAGCGGCGCAUUCUGGGAGGCGGUGCUGCAUUCUGGGAUCUGUAGUCCGCGGCCCGGACCUCGGCCCAAGAGGCCUCUCCGGUCCCUUAAGCCCCGAACGCCCGCGAGUCCAAGCGGCCCCGACGCCCCAGCCCGAGCUGCACCGGCCAGAGGACACGAAGUCCGUCAGCCUCCCGUGAGUCUCCGCCGGGCAAGUUCGCACACACCUCCCGGGGAAAGAAAAGUGCCGCACGGCGAUGGCACGGUCUCGCGAGAGCCGAGCUCGGGAGCCACGCCCCCGAGGGUGGGAUACUGGGAAUCCGCUUGGACUUCCGCCGCUCGAGUGCGAUUGGGCCGCUGUGUCACGUGGCCCGGCGGUUACCGCGGCGACCGGACGGGCGCGCGCCGGGCCUCGCCCUCCUUCCGGGCUGUCAAUGGGAGCCCCGAGCGCCCAGGAUGCGGGCCCCGGCCAGGGAGCUGUUCCGAGACGCCGACUUCCCCGCCUCGGACUCCUCACUGUUUUCCAGCUUCUCCACGCCGCUGGCCCAGUUCCGGGAGGACAUCACGUGGAGGAGGCCCCAGGUGCCAGGAAAGAUGAGAACAGAGAGAUGCCUGCUGGAUUUGACCACACAGAGGAGAUCUGUGCCACACCCCGGCUGUUUGCAGAUAACCCACAGGAAGGACAGGUGAAGCAAGGGCUGCUGGGAGACUGCUGGCUCCUGUGCGCCUGUGCUGCCCUGCAGAAGAGCCGGCGCCUCCUGGACCAGGUCAUUCCUCCAGGACAGCCGAGCUGGCUCGACCCAACGUACCGCGGCUCCUUUACCUGUCGAGUUUGGCGGUUUGGACGCUGGGUGGAGGUGACCAUAGAUGACCGUCUGCCUUGUCUUGCAGGGAGACUCUGCUUCUCCCGGUGCCAGAGAGAGGAUGUGUUCUGGCUUCCCUUACUGGAGAAGGUCUACGCCAAGGUCUAUGGGUCCUAUGAGCACCUGUGGGCCGGGCAGGUGGCGGAUGCCCUGGUGGACCUCACUGGUGGCCUGGCGGAAAGGUGGAGCUUGAAGGACUUGGCAAGAACCGGCGGCCUACAGGACAGGCCUGGCGGCUCAGAGCACAGGACUUGUCGGCAGCUACUCAGCCUCAAGGACCGGUGCCUGAUAAGCUGCUCGGUGCUCAGUCCCAGAGCAGGUGCCAGGGAGUUGGGGGAGUUUCAUGCCUUCAUUGUGUCGGAUCUGCGAGAGCUCCGGGGGCGGACUGGCCAGGCCAUCCUACUGCUGCGCAUUCAGAACCCCUGGGGCCGGCGGUGCUGGCAGGGGCCCUGGAGAGAGGGGGGCGAAGGGUGGAGCCGGGUGGACCCGGCGGAGGAGGCUACACUGCUGUCCCAGCUGCAGGAAGGGGAGUUCUGGGUGGAAGAGGAGGAGUUCCUCCAGGAGUUUGAUGAGGUCACCGUGGGCUUCCCGAUCACGGAGGCUGGCCACCUACAGAGCCUCUACUCAGGAAAGGAGCUGUGCCACACUCAGGAGCUACCCGGGGCCUGGGUCAAGGGGCAGUCUGCAGGAGGCUGUCGGAACAACAGCGGCUUUCCCAGCAACCCCAAAUUCUGGCUGCGGGUCUCGGAACCAAGCGAGGUGUAUGUUACCGUCCUGCAGAGACCCAGGGUGCGCACAGCAAACUGGGCAGGCCGGGCUCGGGCACCGUUGAGGGACGACCGUGCCUCAUGGACCCCGGCCAGCCUCCUGGGCAAGGACUACCAGGCCGUGGGCCUGCAUAUCUGGAAGGUGGAGAAGCGGCGGGUCAGCCUGCCCAGGGUCCUGUCCACGCCCCCCGUGGCUGGCACUGCGUGCCACGCCUACGACCGGGAGGUCCACCUCCGCUGUGAGCUCGGCCCCGGCUACUACCUGGCCGUCCCCAGCACCUUCCUGAAGGACGUGCCGGGGCAGUUCCUGCUCCGGGUCCUUUCCAGCGGGAGAGUCUCCCUCAGUGCCAUCAAGCCGGCGACCGCGAGCCCUGCCUCUGGGGAGGCCCUGCCCGCAGGGGAGUGGGAGACUGUGCAGCUGCGGGGCUCUUGGAGAGUCGGCCAGACGGCGGGGGGCAGCAGGAACUUCGCCUCCUACCCUACCAACCCUUGCUUCCCCCUCUCGGUCCCUGAGGGCGCAGGGCCCCGCUGCAUCCGAAUCACUCUGCGCCAACACUGCCGUGACAGCGAGUGCCACCCCAUCGGCUUCCACGUCUUCCAGGUUCCGGUGGAUGGCGGGAGCCAGGGCGCGUCCCGCCUGCUGCUCCAGGACCCUCUGCUAAGCUGUGUGCCACACUGCUACGCCCAGGAAGUGAGCCGGCUCUGCCACCUGUCGGCGGGGACCUACAGGAUCGUGCCCUCCACCUACCUGCCAGACACAGAAGGGGCCUUCACGGUGACCAUCGCCACCAGAAUAGACAGGCGCUCCAUUCACAGCCAGGAAAGGCUGGGGCAGCUUCUCCAGGAGGCCUCCUUCAUGGCAGUUAUGAAAACCUAACUGGGUGACCCCCGUGUCGGCUCCGGUGACUGGGGGGUGAGAGGCCCCCUCCCACGGUGCCACCAGCCUCCAUGCUGUGGCUCACAGCCCCGAGUCGGACGGCUGCACGUGCCCGCGGGUCCUGCAGGGAGGUGGCCGUGGGGCGAAGCAGGUGCCUCGGAAAAGCAAAAACCGCUGCAUCGGGCAUCCUUGUUCCAUGGCGCUCAGGCCGGAGAGCCUUCCAGAGACCCUUGGCGGCAUCUGUCCCCGGCUCCGGAGAGAGGCCUCACAGGGGACAAGAGCGUAGCAGGACAAAUCUUGUUCAGAACUAGUUAUUAGGGCAGACGUUUUUAGGAAGAAACUUUAUGAAUAAACGUGAGUACUGA